AUGGCCAUGCUAGCGGUGCGCCUCCUGAACAGUGCAUCUGAAGUAGCUGUGGAAAGCAGCAGUGGAGAGAAGACGCUCGUGCUGAACCUGGAUCUGAAGCUCCAGCUAUCGAUUGCGAACCUCUUGGAGGUGCUGCUGAGCCAAAGCGCUUUUGCAGAUAUCAAUGCGACUUCAGGAGGUGAUGACGAAGGCGGAGAUGCAGAGAGCGAAGGAGGGCAAAUUGAAGCAGCUGCAGGUGAUGCGGCUGAACAUGUUCCUUCGUGGCAGCCGUUGCUGGAGUCUGAGGACAUGAACCCAAGUAAGGGUUGGACCCCACAGCUGCCUCGGGUUUUAGGAGAGACCCCCAACUACUCAGCAUCGGAGUGGCUCUCCGAGACACUGCCGGUGCCUUCUGCAUGGGAGUCCCUUGAUGUACUCCCAGUUGGCGGCGGCCGUCCCUCGGAUGAAGAACUGUGGUUGCGCCGUGCGAAUGCACGCAGGAGGCAGAUUCAGAAUAGCAAAAGUCGCCCUGAGUACCUCCGCUAUAUCUCUCAGGUCAACAAGGAAGACCGGCUGGCAACUCAUCCCCGGACUCCCAGCCCCACACAUCGGAUCUCCAAGCGGCAGUUCGACCGUGAGCUCUCUGAAUGGCGUCAGAAACUCCGCUUGUUCGAUGGGUGCGAGCCCGACUUGGCUCAGGAGUCAUCAGAGCUGCACCAACAUGUUCAAGGUCUGUCGCAAAGCAAGCCUUGUCCGAUCCAACUUUUCCCCCAUCUGUACCAAUAG